AUGGAGGCUGUGGCUCUCUUCUCUUUCGCAGCGUCUGAAGCAGACGAGAUCAGUUUCCAGAAAGGGGACGUUGUCAAGGUGACAGAGAUGGAGGAUGAUUCUUGCUGGUUCACAGCAGAGAUCCGGGGGAAGCGUGGCUACGUGCCAGAGAGCUACAUUUCCCUCCUUCCUCAUCCGUGGUUUGCAGGACGCGUGUCAAGACUCGAAGCUGAAAAGCGUCUGCACUGGCAGGAUGCUGGAGUGUUCCUGGUCAGGGAGAGCGAAUCAGCUCCCGGGGAGUUUUCUGUCUCCGUGAGCUACGGUGACAGGGUGGAGCAUUUCCGGGUGCUGGAGGGGGGCGGUCAGUACUACAUCUGGGACGAGUCGUUUUGCUCCCUCAACCGGUUGGUGGACUUCUACAGAACUCGCAGCAUCGCCUUGGAGAAAGUGGUCUGCCUCAGAGACCCUCCCUCGUCCCCUCACCUGCUGUCCCAGCCUGGACAUAAUCCUUACCCCAACCCUUAUAAAAGCAGCUCUCAGGAGUCCCUCCCCUCGGCCCGCCUCCACUCUCACCCCUCUCACCCAGGAAGAGAGACCUCUGCGAGCCUGCUUAAACCAGUUGUGGGGAAACCUCGUCUGGCUCAUGCCCUCUGUGACUACACCCCCCUGCAGACGGCACACCUCCACUUCCUGCGCGGCGACAUCGUCGACCUGCUGGACUGCUCGAGCUCGCUGACCUGGAGAGGGCGCUGCCGAGGCCGAGUAGGAAUCUUUCCGCCAGAAUACGUCCGGCCGCUGUACUACUGACGCCAUAUCAAACACCAUCAGUACCAUCACUGACUGUAUCACUGUAUCGCUGACUCUCAGGUUGUCGUGACUUACCUUAUUUAUCCAAUGAUUGAACGAGAGAUGAAACAUGUAGUGCAUUAAUCGAGUCCAAUCACAAAUCUGUAUCAUUUGAGACCAAAUCUGAUGGCAGUCGGUCGUCACCCCUGACUGUAAAUAAAGACGGAUGACGUGAGAGUCCGCUCAAAGUGAAGCUGAAACGUAAUAAUCACCUCCGGUCUACGUCAGGACUGAUAGCCAAGCACUGAUUGGGUUAGACGGGUGUAUGGGUGGGAACUCAAUCCUGGUGGCUCCGCUGUCCAAUCACUACCGCACAGACUUUGGCUCCAAAUGACGUCAUCAGCCUAAGAUGGCGGCGCUCGUGUCUGGGAUGUUUUGAUUUCAUUUACAGCGUACGGUGGGAGGAAGUGGAAACGUGUCGUCCGUCUUUAUAAAUGUCGAUAGAUGUUGAAUUAAGUCAAAUAUGAUCAAACCACACCCACACAGUCCUAAAUAGUUACUGAGUAUUAAAACUCAAAAUAAUACCUAAAUACUUUUUUUGACAAGGAAGAAGAAUGUGUGUUUCCUGUUCUGCCGAACUCAUUUUGAUCCUCCUUUUAAACUCUCCAUCGUGAGUUUGACGCUGUUAUAAGAGUACAAUGCUAAACCGUUGCAGUACUUGUAUUUGUUUUUGUUAUUAUGACAGAUAAAAGUUGAAGGUUCUCAGACUUAUCAUUUGAGUCAGUUCAAGUAUCAAUUCAAGUAAGAAAAUGUAGAAUAAACUGGUUGGUUCCACCUGCUGAAAUUUGAGGAUUUUGUUGUUUUGCUCCUUCUUAUAUCAUCAUUAAUACCUUUGGGCUGUCAGUCAUACACAACAGGCAAUUUAAAGAUUUUACCUUGAAUUCCAUGAGUUACAGAUCGUUCUCACAUUUAUCGAUCAAAAAUGAACUGGCAGAUCAAUUGAAAAUGAAAAUAAUUGUUGCAGCUCUUUAGUGAACCUUUACAUGUCCUCUUUUCACCAAUAGUAACGUAACUUUAAGUUCUCUUUGUUUUCCCAUCGUGUCUGAGUGUCUAUGCCCCAACCUCCUUUUCAGUAACUGCAGGCAAACUGUACAAAAGCCCAAUAAAGAUUGAUAUU